AUGACUCAUCGCAGGUCACGGUCACACCCCCGUUUUCUUUUCCCGUGUGCCAUGACGGACAUCCUCCAAAAUCCAGCAAGGCCGCCGAGAUCCGUCGUCACACUCCCCUUGCCACUCCCUCCGCCCAGCGUCGAGCGCCAGAUGCCCGCGCCUUGCCCGAUAAUCUUGCUCCCACCCGAGGUCCUGGGCGAGAUCUUCAUGCUCUGCCUCCCAACGACGCACAACGCCGUCUUGAGCGGAGAUGCUGCGCCCCUGCUGCUGGGGCGGGUCUGCGGGACCUGGCGCGCAACCGCAUGGGCACUGCCCGCGCUGUGGACGAGCCUCCACGUGGCAGUCGAGCACGUGCGCACGCGGCGCGGGGCAGACACGGCCGUCGAAGACUGGCUCCGGCGCGCGAGGCAGCUGCCGCUGGCGCUAUCGGUGGUGUACGACGCGGAUGCCCGCGCGGGCCAGCAAAGCAGGGAGAUCAACAAGAGCUUCAUCGCGUGGCUGCUGCGGCUGUGCGCGGGCGGGCUGGCCAUGCUGCAGAUCGUCGAGCCUAAGACGGGCGCCCCGCUGCUUGCCAACACGCCCGGUCUUGAACUCAUCGGGAACCUGCGUGUGCUCCGCCUCAAGAGCGGCACUAUCCGUUGGCCGCCGCUGGCGCACUACACUGAUCUCUGGGGCUUGCCUCACGUCACCGCCCUCGCGCUUGACCUGCAGCGCGAAUCCUCGCGUGGAGAGCGGGACUUUGGGCCGCAGCUCCUCAACCUGCCACUGCGAUGGGGACAACUCACGUGCCUUGCGCUCCGCGACGAAGUGCAGCUCAGCGUCAUCGCCGCGCUCCUCCGGCGCAUGCCGCAGCUCCGCCGUCUGGUCUUCCACCGAGACUUUUUCGAGGCGGCGGGUGCGGUCCCGUGGCCCGACGAGCGGCUCACGCACACAGCGCUCGAGGCGCUCAUUGUGCUCGGCUGGAAGCGGACCUCUGGCCGCGACGUCGCAGACUUCUUCAACGACGCAGUUUCCCUGCCCAACCUGCGCCGGCUGCGCCUGUCCGCCACGCAGACCGACGACAUCAUGCUGCCGGCCGGCAUCGGCGCGCUUUUCCCGCGCCUCGCGCGUCUGUCCCUCGCCGCCGACUCGUUCUCGCCGGACGCGCUGCGUGCCGCGCUGGCCGACGCCGACUUGCGCACCCUCGUGGCGCUCGUCAUCCGGUACGACCUCGGCCCGUGGCGCUGGACCAUGCCGCGGCUGCUCGCGCUGCUCGCCGUGCCGGGCCGGAUGCCGCUCCUGGCGGACCUGUGGCUGGACGCGACCAGCCUGCCCGGCGACGUCGCACCCCUGCUCGCGCGCAUCCUGUCCGCCCGCGCCGGCGUCCUCCGCGCCAUCCACGUCCGCCAGACAGUCGGCAUGCUGACGGAGGAGUGGGACUUGUGGGCGGCCGCCGGGCCGGGGCUCAGCCCGGGUGUGGAGCUUCAUGAGGUGUGGACCGAGGACGAGCCGCUCCUGUUCGGCCCGCUCGGUCAAUACCGGAGUGGGUCCCCGGAGGAGGAGCCCGACGCCAGCCCAUGGGAUGGAUUGAAGGAGGUUGGGAUGGAAUGGAUGCAUGUUUGA